AUCCUUGUUGAUAGGCAAACAUUGGUAAAUUAAAACAUGGUGUUUUCACAGACUUUAUCUCAGUAUUUGGAAUAAUUAGUGCACACUUUAAAGUUUGGAAAAAGAUAAUUUAAAAAUUAUUAUUCAGUGACUGGAUAAAUGUAGAGUUGAUUAUUGAAUAUUCACUAAUGAAGGAUUACCAUCAAAUUUUCAUAAUUGAUUUGGAUUAUUUUGCUUGAAAAUUUCAAAAUGGUGGAAUUUACCAUAAGAUCUCAGACACUGGAGGAUUUUCUAGCAACUGAUGAAUUAUUUGUUGAAUAUUUUAAUACAUUUCUCAGUCUUCCAAGCUUUCCAGAGCCUUUGUGUUUUAAUGAAGAAACGGGUGGUUUUGAAGUUGUCAACAAUGCUAAGAAAGAUUUGGCUCGUCAAAUUAAAGCGGCUGUUCGCUCACAACAGAAAAAGAAAAAGAUGUAUAAAGUAGCCAAAGAUCACAGUUAUAUUGAUAUUCCAUUGAUACCUAUAGAAGAAAUUGAAGGACCAGAAAAAAUUGAGAUCGAUACAACUUUUACCGUAACUACAUUAAAUAAAGAACAGGGCAUUCAUUGGGUAAAAGCUGAAAGACUGCCAGCAUUCCUUGAAAGUGAUUGUUAUCUAGAGUACCGUCUGGCCAAAAUUCUGUCCCAAGCCAGACUAACAACUGAAUCAGGAGAAUUUGUCAUCAUGAAAAUAGACUUCAGGCCUCGAAUCAAAAAAGUAAAACAAAAGCCCGCAGAAGAAGAUCACAAUGAUCCUAAAGAGAGGAUAAUGAAGGACAUGUUUGUGUCAUUAGGUACUGUAAAUACCACAGAUUCCAAUGCAUGGUUUAGUCAGGCACAAAAUGCACAAAGUGGUACACAGACUUUUACAACACUGUCUCGACCUCUCUCAUCAAGCCGUCCAACAAGUGCUCGUCCAAUAAGUGGAAGACCAAAGAGUGCCAUAAGUACUGCUGACAGUUAUCGUAGAUCUGAUAGUGGAUUUGGCAGUCCAAUGAAAAGCUCUGUUUUCAGCAGUUCAUUUUUUGGAAGCUACGCACCAGGUGUCAAUGGAACUGAAGAAUUAGAUGACACCACACUUCGAACAAAAAUUUAUCUCGAUUCCAAGCCUACAACUCCUCGACCAUCUGAUACAUGUUGUGUUCUAACGGGUGAUCAAAAUGUUUUCAAACAACCUGCCGGACCAGUCUACUCCUACCCAAAACAUGAAUCAACUGAUUCAGAAUCAGGAGUUGGUGAUACAGAUCGGGAUGAAACAGAUUUUGAAACAGAGGCUCCAUCUACUUAUGUUCGCGAUGAUGUACAAUGUCAGGUUGAGUCUGAGAGUGAGACUAAAGUUAACCAAUCAGAGACCAGUGUAAAACCUAAACAGUCAGUAAGUAAACAGAACAGUACAGAAAGUAUCGUUGUGAAUAAUAUUGAUGAUCUAGGGUCAGUUAUAGUGGGUGCCAUAUUGAAACGAUCUUUAGCAGAAAUCACAAACACACCAGAAUCUGAAUUCGAAAAUGAUAAAGAAAUAUUAUCAAUCUUUAGUAAUCCUGAACUGAGCUACAUAACCGUAGAAAUGUUAGAUCAUGUCUGUUUUAAUGAAACUGGAACUGAAGAGCAGGAAGAAGAAAUCCCAGUCAAUAAGGAUUUGGAGAAAGAGGAAGAAAGUGAUGUAGAUUCUUUAUUAGACAGUGAAGAAGAUUAUGAAGAAAGUGAUGAAUUCUUUAGAAAACAUAAAAUCAAAACCUAUGACCUAUCCAAUAGAAAAGGUGUACAGCAAUUUAAAACAUUCUUGAAGGGAACAAGUGGUGAAAAAUAUUUUAAAUUCUGGGUGGAUAUAGACCGAAGUCAUCUAUUUCCCAAAACUAUGGAUGUAUUAGGGUAUUUAUCAGAAAUGAGAGACAAGUACCAGAGAACAGGUGCCCCAUAUGAACUAACAAAAGAAUUAAAGACUGAACUAGGUCUUGUAGAACCAAGUCAGUGGACUGUGAAGAAAUUACAAAGUUUACAGAAUAAAAUAGCUGAACCUCUAGUUACAUACUGGGCACCAAGAUUUUUGUUGAAACAAUUAAUGAAGACAAACCCUGAGAAAUACUAUCUCUAUCAUCAUCAACAACUACUAAAACAAACUAAAACAGAUGUAAACCCAAACCCCCUAACAAAAUCACUGUUACCAUUACGUCCUAAAUCAUGUCAACCUCGUAUACAUACCACACCUAUAAUACAAGAUGCUGUAACUGUUAGCUGUAAUCCACCAGCCAAUCAAUUUCAAACAUCGCCACCUGUAGGAAUGAGACGAUCGUAUUCUCAUCUUCAACCUAAACGUGCAACAACUGCUGGUAAUAUGAAAACAAGAACUGAAUAUAAAAAGAAACCAAGAGAAUUUUUAGAACCCAGACUUCGCGUACCACCCAAUAAUACCAAACGUUGUCAGUCAGCUUUUACAAGGACAUCCUCAGCAAGAUUAAAACCCAGUCGUAUAGUUUCUGCUCGACCAACAUCAGCAGGUUCAUCAUCUUCAAAUGAAUCCUGGGAAUCAGCAUCAGUUAUCAUGCUUCCUGAAACACCUCAACCAUCAAAUAUCAUUCUCCCAUCACCACCCACGUCAAGGCCUGCAACAAGGGAGACCACAAGACGUGAGUCAAAAGUGAGCAUAGAAUCUGAGUUUUUGGGCGGUCAGAGAAUGGAGGCCUUACUUCAGGCUUUAGAAAAUGAGAAAUCGGCUGGUGGUUUCUUCAAAAAAUAUGUAGAAAGAAGUGGAAAUAAGCUUUGGAAAUGGUGCUUUGAGUUUUGGCUGGAUGUUCAAAUCUAUCACGAUUUAUUUUACCAGGAAACUGUAGAACCAUAUAAACUUAGGGUAAAGUCACAGGCAAUUUAUUCCAAGUAUAUAGUGACGUCUUCACCAUGUGAUAUUCAAUGUGAUAAAGAACUCCGAGGUGAUAUUUAUUAUCAUCUUUCUCCACCUUAUGAAGAACUUUUUGAUGAAGCAGAGGAAUAUUGUCUCCAAGUGCUGUAUUCAGCUUGGAUUGGUAAUCUGAAAGAAGAUAUAAGGACAUAUAAUAAGGUUGAAUUAAUAGAUGUUAAACGUCACCUAGAAACUAAAUCAAAAUAUGUUUUACAUCUUCAAAAACGAGGAAUCAUAAAAGAGAGAGUUUUAACACCAGAUGAUCCUAUGGGUGGUUAUGAAGAUCCUGUUUAUGAUCCUAGUCUUCUGGACAAAAUACCAGAGGAAUUCCUUGACUUAUCACUUGAAAAACUUAUUCAUAAUCGCAUUGAGUUAGAACAUUUCAGAGAGUUUUUAGCAGAGAAUUAUGCCAGCAUGGAUCUGUUAUGUUGGAUGGAAAUAGAGGCAUGGCGUCGUAUAUCUCACACAGACGAGAAAAAAAGGGACCAGAAAGCCAAAGAAAUAAAAACAAAAUAUUUAAACAAAAAAUAUUUCUUUGGACCGAACAGUCCAGCUGGUAAAGAGGGCCAAGAAAAGGUAAUGAAUGCUGGAGGUGGUUGGGGUAAACUAUUGGAAGAUCGACCACCAAAUGCUGUUAUACUUGAAGCACAAAAAUAUGUCCGAGAACGUCUAGAAAAAAAGUGGUUCCCCUUGUUUUUAACAACUGAGGAUUUUGCUGAUCGGCAAAGAAUUGAUGAAAGCAUGGCAGAUGUAGUUGAUGAUGUCCUAGUACAGAAACGAAAGAGAUCACAAGCUGUCUGGAAGUUAUUAGAAAGUCGUUGGACAUCAUCUUCAAAGGAAAUUGUUACUAUACGUAAAGCUUUGUUAAAUCCUGUUACAUCACAUCAGUUCCGACGUUAUGUCUCAAUCAAGGGGGAUAAUCUGGAGAACAAUGUCCUUUUCUGGCAGGAAGUACAGAAAUAUAAGGAUAUGUACCAUGCUCAUUCUGAUGAUGGACUUCUAGCCCAGAAAAUCAACGCAAUUAUCAACUGUUUCAUAGACUCACAGAUUCCUCCAAGUAUUCAGAUAGACAUUCCUCAUGAUAUGGCUGAAAAAAUCUUAGAUCGCAAACAUGAACGAGGUCCAUAUCUUUUUAGAGAGGCUCAGCUGGCUGUUUUCCGUGUUCUAUCUGGUCAUUGGACAAGUUUCUGCGAAUUCAGAAGUAAUUUAGCUGAUGAUAAAAUAUUACCAACUAUUGAACGUCAGCGCCGUCAUGCCAAGAAAAAGGAACUGAAAAAACAGCAAGAAAUGGAAGAACGCAUGGAAAAGGUUCGAAAAGAAACUGAAGCUAGAGGUGAUGUAUAUGUUGAUCCCUUUAAAAAGUUUAAUGAAGAAAGUGUGGUUGAUGAAGAAGAUUACCAAGAAAAAGAUCGAAUGACAUGGACUUAUAGUAAUUAUAUGAAAGCCUUAGAUGAAGAGGAUAUUAUGAAUAAUACAAAUGAAAGCAUCUUUAGUUCUGUUACUGAUUUGAGUACUGAUAAAGAUACACCUCAACAGCCUCCACAAAGAUCCACUUCUGCUCAGUCUAUAUCAGAACAAACCACGGUAGCGGGUCGUAAAACAACAACACGAUCAGAUGAUAAUACAACUAUAUCAAAAAGUUCCCACAGUGAUAAUGUAAAGGAAGGAAAAUCAGAAAACAGAGAAUCACCAUCUCCAACAUCAGGGAGUGGUAAAGUAAAAUUCAGUAAAUUAGAACAAACAACAUCAUGUCCGUCCAAUAAAGAACCAACCAAGCCAUCUUCACCACCAAUUUCAAAACCCUCAAGCGAAACUAAACAUGUACGAUAUUCUCGAGGAAUGCCACCAUUGGUUAAACCUCGUGAAAAGUAGUCUGUUGUGUUGAUAUUUCUGUGAUAUUCAUACUCCAUAGUGCUGUUUUUAUUAUAUUGUGAUUUUAUACAUAUUGUCAAAUUAGUCUUUAUUUGUAAUCUGUCAUAUAGUAUUUACUGUCAUAUUUCAUGUUCUCCUGGUCUCAAUCAUUCCAGUCCAAAUUGUCUUCACUUGACUUUAACAAAUAUUGGUCUUGAAAAAAUAGCAUCAAUGUUGUAUAUUGUACCUAGUUGUCUGAGUUUUGGCGCAUACAUUCUAUGCAAUGACUUCUGGGAGAUAUUGUCUCAAUUCACCAGGUGAUGGUCAUUAUUUGCCUCAACGGAUAACGCAACGUACAGUAAUUUCUUUUACUGUAUAUUAUUGUAUAGACAUUUCACCUUUGUUUGGACAUAUCAAUAACCGUUGCAGUCAAAGUGGGGACAAUUUGGGCCAGAUUAAUCAAGAUUAAUGUGCCCUGUAAAACCUACUGUUUUUGUUCUCACCUUCCUUAUUUCUGUUACCAAACUAGCAAUCUGUUACAAAUGCGCCAUCUUAAUGGAUAGACUGAAUAUGUCCUUAGAUAAAACGUCUUGCUGAAUAUAGCAUUUGAUUUUUUUAAAAUCAAGUUAUAUCAAAUAAUUGUCUUUUUCAAAUAAACAAGACAAAACAUUCCAAGAUGUGAGUUUUGAUUGUAAUUUGUAACAUUGUUAUGAUGUACAUGAAACAAGUUUUUAGAAGUUUUUAAAAUUGAAAAUGUGUGAAAAAUCUACAACAAUCUUGAACGAAGUUAAAAAUGUUUCAAAAGGUCAAAAAAUGGCAGGGAAGAAAAUUGUUACAAGAUUGUCAAAAUCCUGCCCAUGUUUGAAGCUUGAGGAUUAUUUGAUUAAAACAAAAUGUAUCUAAAUUUAGUUGUAAUUUAUUCCAUGUGUGAACGUUAACAUGUUACAUAAUAAUGACAAUAUGUUAGUUUUCAGCCUGGGAAUAAGUUUGCACAAAUUGCCAAAAAAACUCCAAAAUUGGCAUUUAUGGAGUCUUACAUAUUUAUGUGUUACAUGAUAAAAAGCAUAGAAUGGCUACCAUUAUUGAACUUGAUAAAAAUAGUUUUACAAGUUAAAACUUAUUUACAGAAGGUUUAAAACAAAUUAUGUUUAUUUCUGCAAGUUAUGAAGAUGGAAUUUCUUGUGACAACAGAAGCUAUUCUAUUUAAUGUACCCUAUAUUAAAGGAGAUGUCUGAGAUUUCAAAGUGUACAUUUUGAUAAAAGUCUGUUCAAGUAUACAAAUUAAUCGUCAAAAUGCUGAGAAAUAAUCCUCAUAGCUUGUCUAAAAAAUUCGGCUCAAAACAUUGGGCCAUUCGGAAGUGAUUGUGCAAUUCACUUAAAGAAUUCCAUUGUUUAGUUGCUUGAGUGACUUGAUGAUCACAACAUUCAUUUACAACUAUAACUUAAUAAGUAUAUAGACUUUGUCAUCCAGACACUUAUGGAUAGCAUAGAAUUUAAAAAGACUUAUGGCCACCCGCAUAUGGAAACUGAAAAUACCAAACAGCUCCACAGAUAGUUGGACAUGACUACAAUAAAGUUUUCUAAGAGUCUUCCGCUCAGAAAUUACAUGUUUGAGUCACUAAAAUAUUUGGGACUGCUCCUUUAAAACAUUAAACAAUGAAUGUUGAAAAAGUAAAACCCCUCAUAGUAUUGAAUCUAUAUUUUUCAUAACACAGUCCGUCCAAAAAUAUUUAAUAAGUAUGCUUUUAUUUUCUAAUAUUUUGUUUAUCUGAUUAGUACCAGUAUUCAUGUUAUUUUCAAAACACUUUUCUGGUUUAGAUGCAUAUUUGAAUAUUUUAUAUGGUUAUCUGCAGAAAAAAAAAUGAACAUUAUUUUCAAAUCAAAAUAAUCAAGUCUUCUUUCCAUAAUUCUGUAUAAAAUAUUUAUGGUAAAUAGUAACAGAAUUCAAGAUACUAGUAAUCCGAUUUAUUUAUCAUUUAUCUAACAUGUAUGUAUUUUCUCCCUUGGGUACAAAAUGUUUUUAUACAUGCACUUUAAUUUUCUAUGUAGAAGCAUUUUAAGUAGUGAAAGUAAUCUGCAUCUUCAAAUUUUUUAUGUUUACACCUAAUCCAAAUAUUAUCAUUGAUAACUAUAUAGCUUAAUGUUUAUAAUAUAAAACUGACUGUGAUAGUAACUGUGAUAAUAACCAUUUUAGUUUUGUUAGAAAAAAUUAAAUAAAAAAUUUAUA